CAAGAAAUCAAGAAUUACCUGACGGAGUGUUGGAGCUCUCAGGUUUCAGCGAUGAAGAGCGUACAUUUUAUAUUUUUUUAAUAGUUCAGCGCAUUCCUAAUGCUUCAAAAUGUCGAACGCUUCUGCUGUAGCAAACAAAGUCGAACGUUUGGAUUCAAUUAAGUUUGGAAAAGCUAAACCGUCUGUGUCGGACAUAUUUGUAAGUUUAGAUUACGGACCUGCUCCUGAGUCCAGUAUGCCAGCCGAUGGUUGGUUGGAUGACCAUGAAAGAUCAUUCGGACAUUUUAUAGAUGGCAAGUGGAUUAAACCUGAAGGAAGGAAGAUUUACGAAACUAGAAAUCCCUGUACAGGUGAAAAAAUUGCUUCCACAAUCCAAGGAGAACACGAAGAUUUGGACAUGGCAGUUGCAGCAGCUAGAAAAGCAUUCAAAUCCUGGAGUAAACUGUCUGGACAUGCAAGAGCUCGCUACCUCUAUAGCAUUGCUCGUCAUGUACAGAAACAUAUGAGACUUGUUGCUGUUGUUGAAAGUCUAGACAAUGGCAAACCCAUACGAGAAUCAAGAGAUUGUGAUAUUCCAAAUGUCGUAAGACAUUUAUACCACCAUGCUGGAUGGGCUGAGCUUGUAAAUGAAGAGAUGAAGGGAUGGUCCCCUAUUGGUGUUGUUGGUGCAAUUGUCCCUUGGAAUUUUCCAUUGAUGCUAACUUGUUGGAAAGUUUGUCCUGCAUUAGCUAUGGGAAAUACAGUUGUUUUAAAACCAGCAAGCUACACCCGGCUUUCCUCUUUACUUUUUGCGGAAAUUUGUGCUGAGGCUGGUCUUCCAGCUGGUGUUUUUAAUGUUGUCACGGGAAACUCAGAUUUCGGAAGUCAAUUGGUGUGCCAUGAUGAUGUUGAUAAGAUUGCUUUCACUGGCUCUACACAGGUUGGACAAAUUUUAAGACGUCUAACUGCUGGCACUGGGAAGAAGUUAUCUUUGGAGUUAGGUGGUAAAUCACCUUUUAUUGUGUUUGAUUCAGCAGAUUUAGACAGUGCUGUUGAGGGAAUUGUCGAUGCAAUAUGGUUCAAUCAAGGACAGGUUUGUAGUGCAGGAUCUCGUUUGAUUGUUCAAGAUAGCUGUUCAGAGAAACUGUUAAGAAAGAUUAAAGAGCGUAUGUCCCAUCUAAGGCUUGGACAUUCUUUGGAUAAAUCUAUAGACAUGGGAGCCAUUGUGGAUCCUUCGCAGCGGAAGUCAAUUGAUAAGUUAGUGCAAAAUGCAAAAAGUUGUGGGGCUCAUGUUUUUCAGUGUUAUGCAUCAAUGCCUGAAUCAGGUUACUUUUAUCCACCAACCUUAAUAACUAACGUUCAACCUGUUUCACAUAUUGUGCAAGAAGAGGUGUUUGGUCCAGUUUUGGUGGUUCUAACAUUUCGUACAGCAAAGGAGGCCAUUGCGCUUGCAAACAACACCAUGUACGGUCUUGCAUCUAGUGUUUGGACGGAGAAUAUUGGUCUUGCAAUGGAAGUUGCUCGUUGUAUUCGUGCUGGAUGUGUUUGGAUCAAUGGACAUAACAUGUUUGAUGCGAGUGCUGGCUUCGGUGGCAUGAAACAAAGUGGUUUUGGACGAGAUGGUGGUAAAGAGGGUCUCUACGAGUAUGUGAAACCUUCAUGGCAGAAUCGUGUACGAACGAAAAUAGCGAAUUAUGAUAUUAAGAAAUUUGGUUCAACUUCACCGCCCAGACCAAAAAAUCCUUGUAUCAAUCCAGCUAUUCAUAGUGCAGUGGACGACGAUAUUCCAUGCAUCGAUCACACCUACAAGAACUACAUUGGUGGUGCUCAAAAGAGACCCGAUGCACAAUACGGCAGACCAGUUGUGAAUAGUAAAGGAGAAGUAAUUGGUGUUGUUGCUGAAAGUAACAGGAAAGACGUCAGAGAUGCUGUAGAAGCAGCUGCAAAAGCCUCGGCUGGUUGGUGUAAGAAAUCAAGUCACAGUAGAGCCCAGGUCCUUUACUACAUCGCUGAGAAUAUUGAAUUGCGUCAAGAAGAAUUUGCGCAAAGGAUAUGCGCAAUGACUGGCCAAGAUUUCGACGAAGCAAGGAAAGAAGUAAAGAUGGCUGUGCAACGUGUGUUUUAUUGGGCUGCUUAUGCUGAUAAAUACGGUGGAACUGUUCAGGAAACCAACUUUAGCGGCACAACGAUAAAAGUACACGAAGCUGUUGGUAUUGUUGGUAUAGCAUGCCCUGAUGAAUUUCCACUUUUAGCUUUCGUUUCUCUGGUUUUACCGGCAAUUUCACGUGGAAACACUGUGAUUGUUGUUCCAAGUGAGAAGCAUCCUGUUAUAGGAGCUGAUCUGUACCAGAUACUGGACACGUCAGAUCUACCCGGGGGAGUGGUAAAUAUUUUAACCGGUGAUCGUGAUCACGUGACGAAAUAUUUAGCUGAACAUCAGAAUGUCCAUGGAAUGUGGUACUUUGGUUCAGCGGAAGGUUCCAAGUUUGUCGAAGCAGUUUCAGCUGAGAACAUAAAACGUACAUGGGUUGAUUAUGGGGAACCACGUGACUGGUUGAACAGUGAACAAGGACAGGGUCAUGAGUUCCUAUAUCACUCUGUGGAAUGCAAGAACAUUUGGAUCCCAAUGGGACAUAUUUUUGCAAACUAGGAUUGUCGUAAAGGAUAAUUAGGAUACUAUAGGAUAAUUUGUAACGACGACGAAAAGAAAAUUCUACCAUAGUCUCGUUUAUUUGAUGAUCAUAAAUCAUAUCUACUGUAUAUUGAAAUGACCUGCAAAUCGUGCUAAUUCAAAUUAUAUCCACAAUUAGGAUUUCAUCUUAGCAAAA